CUGGCAGGCAGCCUCAGCAGCAGCAGCGCUAACUGGAUACUCUACACACUCUGUUAACUACGAAGCCCUUUUCUUCUUUUGGAAGACAAAUUCCUGAUCAUGGGCGACAAGAAAAGCCCAACAAGGCCAAAAAGACAAGCCAAACCUGCGGCAGACGACGGAUUUUGGGAUUGUAGUGUCUGCACCUUUAGGAACAGCGCUGAAGCCUUCAAAUGCAGCAUCUGUGAUGUCAGAAAAGGCACAUCCACUAGGAAACCCAGAAUAAACUCGCAGCUGGUGGCACAACAAGUUGCACAGCAAUUUGCCACUCCUCCACCUCCUAAAAAGGAGAAAAAAGAAAAGGUUGAACGGCCGGAGAGGGAACAGCCGGAGAGGGAACAGCCGGAGAGGGAACAGCCGGAGAGGGAACGGCCAGAGAGGGAACGGCCUGACAAAGAAAGACUUGAGAAGGAAAGUCCUGACAAAGAAAGACUUGAGAAGGAAAGUCCUGACAAAGAAAGACUUGAGAAGGAAAGGCCUGACAAAGAAAGACUUGAGAAGGAAAGGCCUGACAAGGAAAAAGAAAUACGCCCAGCUGUGACCAAAAAGCCUAGCAGCAAAAAGAUAAAACCCAAGGCAGACAUCCUGCAAGGCCCACCCAGUGACGUCAACAGUAUACAAUCUGGAAAUGCUGCAAGAAAGGCAGACAUUUCCCACAUUUCAAGGCCCAAACUGAAAAAUGUGGACAGAAGUACUGCACAGCAACUUGCAGUAACCGUGGGGAACGUCACAGUAAUUAUCACAGACUUUAAAGAAAAAACACGUUCCUCUUCCACGUCUUCAUCCACAGUGACGUCUAGCACAGGCUCAGAACGGCAGCACCAGAGUGGCUCUGGAUCCGAAAGUACAGACAAAGGCUCAUCGCGUUCCUCAACGCCGAAAGGACACAUGUCUGCAGGACACGAUGAAUCCUACUGAGUAUUGCACAUGGAAAUGUCAGAAAUAAUCAGGGUAUGAAAUUCAGAUCCUCCACCUGCCUGCUUCUUGGAUACUUGCUAUUAUCCUUUCCUGGAUGCACCUGUUCGGAUAUUUCUUUGAACCCACUCUCAACAUGUUCAGGCUGAAUACAGAUUUAUGUGGGUUUCUGGUCAAAAAAGGAAUUUCGCACCCUGACACUUAUGUAUUUCAUUGUUUUAUAUAAUUUUCCUAACAAUCAUUUGGAAAUGGAUGUGCAGCUGAACAGACUUUUUUUUUUUUUUUUCAUAAAAUCUGCUGUGCACAAUUUAACUUUUUGUUUCAUUAUUGGCUUUAUUUAUUACUUUUGCAGAUUACAUACCUUUCAACAUAUUCUUUUUAUAGGUUUUUUUUUUUUUUUCUGCUAGCAACUAUGCUUUUUUAUUUGCAGUUAGUUUGUUUGAUUAAAACAAAGGUAUUUACAUCUGACAUCUAAAACACUGGUGCUUCCUAUACUGUGAAGUAAAACCAGCUUGGAACAAUUAAAUGUCUGGGACUGUCCCGUUUUACAAACAAAAAAAAAAACAGAAGCUAAUAGUUUUUAACACCAUUUAUUUAAAGUGGAAUUUUUGAUCAUAAAAAAACAAACAGACUAUGAAUGCUCCAAUUACAAUAUUUUUUGCAGAAGAUGCAUAAGUGUGUUUGGAUAAAAAAAAUUUCUUCACGACAUUACCCUUUUAAGAAAUUUGGACUAACACAAUGGGGAUUUACUCUUGAAGCAAAUUUCAUGUUUGAUCCAUCAAACGAAGAACACACUGAUAUGGUGUUAUCAGUGAUAAUCACUGAUAUCGCAUUUUUCGGUCCAUGUUCCCUGUGCAACUUGCCACCCACUGUGUGUUUCUCUCUUCCUCUGUGUUGGAAUUGUAUAUUUACAAAGGAGAAGCUGAAGGCAUACUUUUCCAAUCUUCGAAUGUUCUGUAGAAAACAGAAGUAAGAGUCAGUGUUUUAAAACUAAUGAUGGAGGAGAUCUACAGUUUUUGCAGAUUGUGUGGAUCUCAUUUUGUUUUGAAAUUUAAAUAGCCUUGUAUGUGGGGCAGCUGUUGGGAUACCUGCUUUUAAAUUUUGAAAUAUAUCUACAUGUUCAUGUGUUGGCCAGUUUUUUUUCAGGUCUCUGGAGUAAAAUUGUGUGACUCCACACAUUUUAUGUUCUAAUAUUUCUUAAAAGCUGCCGCGGUGGAAAACAAUAACUUUGUUUCAACUGGACAACUAUCUGAUUUGGGAAUGGAUUAUUAAGUUUGGUCUUAAUUGAGAACUCUGCUGGAAGUGAAGGUGGAUACAAAAAUAUCUGAGUAGAAGUAACAUUGCAUUAGCCUAAUCUAAAGUACCUUUAAGGCGUGGGUCCCAUUUACAUUUACUUUUAAGUUACUACUAUUAAGUUUACUAUGCCAUUUAAAAGCCGUGAUUUUCUUUUUAUUUCAUUUUUUGGGGGCAUUUUUAUUCAUCUUGUCUCAAGAAUACAAGUGUUUUUUUUGAUGAACAUAAAUGUUUUUAAUUAUUUAUUGAAGGACCAAAGGAAUUUAAUAUGUGUUUAGCUCAAACACAGAACAAAAAUACUAGGUUUUCAAAUGAAUGUAAAACCAAUUAAAAUGUAAAUGGGAUCAAAACCAUUAAAAACCUAAAUGCAGUUGUUGUCCAGUUCAUUUAGUAAUGUAGGUGUAAACACUUAACUUAAUAAAAAGUACAAAUAUUUACUAUGAUAACUUCAAGAUAAAAUACAUGUAACACCGACUAAAUCUCACUCUAACUGUAUAUAUUUUGCACAGCUAGCAAUUAAAAAAUAAAUAAAUAAAAUUUAUAAAGUGAAAAAUGUACUCUGGUUGUCAAGAUUCAUAUAAACUAAACAGACUCCUCAAGCAUUAAAACAACUAUAUUACUUUCAAAGGUGCUGAUCUUUUGUUGUACAGUAACCAGCUACUUGUAGGCUGUUGGCUCUCGGUUCAUUCAUGCAGAACCUUUUGUAGCAGCAUUUCAGUAGUGCCUCCUUCAUAUGCUGUUAGAACUUUACAGCCAAACUGGCAGAAUACAACCAGGGAGGCUUGGGGGACAAGUCACAUUUUAACACAAUACUUGUACUGAAUUUGUGCACAGAUAGCAAAAAUGUAUUGUUCAAAUUAUUCUAAAUUCCAAACCUUGUUAAUUGUCAUUUAUUUCUAACCAAACAAAAUGUCUGUUUGGAAGUAAUGUCUUUCCUAUAUUAACUCUGUAGUUGAUCUUUUAAAUUACAUAAAUGUCAUGUAGUUUUAAAACCAUGCUCAUAGGUAGAAGCACGGAUUCAAAAUAGUUAUUCAACACGAUUUUCUUUUGUAUCUGUAUGUCCAUAACAUUAUGUCAUCACAACAGUUGAACAAGCCAAGGCUUGGUCACAUGUGAUGGGCAAUAAGCUAUAUCCAUGACAGGAUUUACACAGGAAGAUAAAUACUUUCCAUUCACUUUAAUUUUAAAUAAUGGGCCAUUUGUCUCAGUUUCCAAGUGGAAUCACUGACUCAGCUGCUUAAAUUCACACUGCAAGACAUGAAAUAAAGUAGCCCAGAUCACAAUCCACAGUAACUGGCGUUUCACAUGCCUUACCAAAUCCCAUAGUCUAUCUACUUUUUGUAAAAAUGUAUCAAUUGUAUCUUAAAUUAUUAAAUGUAAUAUU